UUAUUGAAUUUACUUGGUGGUGGCGUAAAUGAUUGUUUUUUGUUUAUUUUCUGCAAAUAUAAAUAUUUACAACUCUAAUCGAAUGUGAAGUUCAUUUAUAAGUUGGAUAUUCACAUUUCAAGAUGUUACGUACAAAGAUUUACAUAGCCAUAAGCACUGUAGGCGCAAUAUUAGGUAUUGCUGCUUUUAUAUGUUUCUGCCUAGUUUACGCAAACAUAGAGGCUGGAAUGUGGGCAUUGUUGUCUAGUAUCCAUGCAAGCUUAACCCUUGUGCUGCAUUGUCAUUAUUUGAAGGAAUCCUUGCAUGUAAACUUUUCAAGGAAAGCUUUGCAAUAUCUCGGAGAUUUUGGAAUUGUUGGCUUUGUGUCGGGAUUGGCUCUUACAUUGUUUUACACAUUUUUGGAAUUCUAUUAUAAAGCUGGUGUCAUUCCGAUUCAGACAAGUAUUGUAAUACGCUUAAUAUGGUCAUUUGCGAUGAUGAAAUGGGGUUUGACUCUCUAUUUAUUCACAAAGAAAUAUCUACGUACAUAUAAUGAUCACCAACUGUUCUCGGAGAAUCCUAACAUUGAAGAAACAUAAAUAUCAUAUUUAAAGUGUAUUUUGUCUGCUGUGACACUAGUUUUUAUAAAUAUUGUUAUCCCUUUCGUAUUCAUUGACAUAACAAAAACAACAAUAUGUUUCAAUACAAGUGUCUGCAGUAGAUUUUUACGUUUAGCUGAAAUAUUUUGUGAUUUAUAAACCUGAAUUAUAUUAAGUUUAAUUAGACAUGUAUUUUGUCUUACACUGACUUCUAUACAUGGAGAGGCUAUAAGCCAUGGUAUUUUGUGCUUAUUUGAUUUUCGACAUUUUGGCGCUGAUGGUUGCAAUUGAUGACUGGGGAUUGGAACUAAUAAUAGAGAUUAACUGUCAGGAACUUCGACAGGUUAUUUAAGUCUGAACGAAAUAAAAGCUGUCAUUUCAAAGAAAUAACCUAUCCAUUUAUAGAGAUCAGUAGUGUCAUAUAUUUAGUUAAUGCUAUCCUUAAAAGUCAUUAAAACUAAAUUUUGUCAACUAAAACUGUAGA